CCAACAUGGCGGUCUUGAUGAGCAGGUUGCGGUAUCACAAAUUAUAUCAGUUUGUCCGUCUAUGUAAUGAAUCUGGAUACUCCUUAUCCCACGUGUAUCCACAGAGAAGGUCAUUAAGUCACACUGUUUGUCAGAUGUAUUCUACAUCUUCGCCUGUUAAGGCCAAAAAGUGGAAUCAAACAGGAACGAAACAGCAUGCGCACGGUUUUGACAAAACGCAGUCUCCUCCAAGGCCACAUCAUCUUCGGGACGAUCUCACAUCAGGAUCGCAUUCAAAGGAUGAUAAGGUUUCAAAAGAAGAGGAAGAUCCCGAGUCUGACCCGGAGACUGAAGACGAAGAGGAACCGAAAAGAUUUUCAUAUAGAAAACUGAAAAGUCAGAAAUCUGGAAAGGGGUAUUUGCGACCGUCUCGGUAUAUGUUUAGGGAAGUUGAGGCUACAGGGGAGGAAGAGAAUCUAUGGGAAAGAAAAAAUGCCGAUAUAAAUCGCAAAGGAAAAGUUAAUUGGUAUGCAAGACAAAUGUUGAGGCUUUCUCAAGAGAAUAAGGUAAGACUAUGUAAAGAUAACUCUAUCUUUAGUUUGUCCGUUAAUUACAUGUGUUUUUUUUGCUUUUUUAGUUUUCUUAGCUUAAUGAUGUCAUUAGAGACUGAUGUGUAUGGAAAUUUAUUGACUAAAGACAACUUUUAUCAGGUUGAUGAAGCCCUCGAACUCUUGUCUUCUAUGAAAAAGGACAAACUUAACCCAAAGAUAGAAGUUUACAACAUUUUCAUUUCUGCAUAUGCCAAGACUGGGCAAGUCAAGAAGGCUUUCAAACUCUUCAAUGAUGUAAGUGAUAUGUUGACUAAAUUUCUUAUGAAAUUUAUCUUUGAAAAAUAUGUUGCUCCAAAAUCCUGAAAUCAACAGUACAAAGAUUGCAGCCAGUAACACCCUAUAAACUUAAGUGGUAAUGCUAUAAAUUGUUUACUUCACAAGAAUAACGGUAUCCUUUAAAUGAUGCUUUACCCCUACAACCUACAGAAAGUAAAAUGUAACAAAUCAAUUCACUCGGAGGGAGAGUGGGAUUAAGCAAAGUUAGUUGUUGUGAUGCUCCUUCUUAUGUUCACCAUCAAUGAUUCUUUGACAAACUGAGUAUCUCCUUCAUGAUUGUGCCUUCCACAAGAGAAUGUAAAAUAGAGUCAGUUUAUUAGCCAGAUGGCUCAUAUUGCUAGCACUGAUAACCUUGUUUCAGUGGCAUGAAGCAGUUAGAAGUAUUUCUUCUCUCUUCUGGAUGUGAUGCUUGGCCAUAUUUACCCCAAAGCAUUUUACCUCACAUGAAGGGAUGGGGAAGAACUUUGAGUAACUCUCUUGUCCAAAAUCACACUAAAAGGACCCAUUCAAGGGGCAGAACUAAACCUUUUGAUUAGGAUUCCUGCACACUUACUAUAUCACUAUAUCACCACAAUAGGAGAUGGUCUUCCGUAAUGUAUCCACAACAAAACUCUAGUAUCCCUGAAACAUCUUGUAGCAAUAAAAAGGUGGCUAGAGUUUCUAAAAAUCUGUAUUUUUUUCAUUUGUUUAGGUUAAGAAAUGGGGUCUGAAGCCAACAGCACAUACCUACUCAAGCUUGUUCUAUGCUUGUACUCAAGCUCCAGUUACAGAACGUACAAUGGAGAAAGUAGAAAAACUUUACACUGAAAUUGGCAUAAGAGUUUCCAAAGAUGAACUGGAAAUGAAUCUUAUUACAUACAAUGCAGCCAUCCAGGCCUUUGCUGUUUGUGGUAAUCCUGAUGGAGCAUUUGACGUGUAUCAGGAGAUGCGAAACAAGAAGUUUGUUCCUGAUGAAUACACCUUCACAUCGUUAUUAGCAGCCUGUUGCUUUGAUCCAGUUGAAGGCCCCAGACUAGCUUUUCAAUUACUGGAGGAAAUGAAGUGGUUUAGAUUACAGCCAAAUAUUUAUAUUUACAAUUCAGUGUUGAAAGUUAUGAGAGAUUUUAAACUUUCUCGCCAAGAACAAACUAAACACCUACCUGAGGAUACAAAGGGUCCUGUAAAAGAGGAAAGAACUUCUGAGCAUGAGAUUCAAAUUGAUGAUGGUAGUGAAACAUCAGACAUUGAAAUAAAUUAUGAAUUUAGUUCCUCAGAGAAUCGUUUGCAAGAAGCAAGCAUGCUUGAAAAACAGAAUGAAGAGAGUGUAAACUUGCAUGACUACUUUCCUGGUGUGGAGAAGUUUAUCCAAAUAAUGGCUCUUGAGGAUGUUAAUCCUGAUAUACGCACCUUUCAAAUGCUGCUGCACCUCACAUCAUCAAAAUCAGAAGAAGAGUAUUUGAUGAAUCUUAUGAAAAGUUGUAACAUUACCCCAGAUGCUACUUUUUUUGACUCUGUAAUCAAGAAAAAGGCAUUAGAGGAUGAUCUAAAGCAGGCAAAGGUAAACAUAUUUAUACUUCUAAAUACCCUAUUUAACAUAUGCCGUAGAUUUAACCUUUUCCUUUGUAGGACAUUGGGUACACAUCAAUUGUAAACUUAGAAUAUAGCACAAUUUACUUGUAUGUGAGUACAAGAGUUUCUGGCUGGAAACUAGUUGAAGUCAGUAGUUGAAUUCCUUAACAGCUUAACCUUUGCCCAAUACACCCCUGACUUCACCUUCUUGUUAAAAUACAGAGUCAUUAUAAAUUAGAAUGUGAUUGUUACGCAGUUUGAUUAAUUAAUUAGUUAAUUAAGACCAGCACUCAAAUUUCUCUCAUCCAGACUUGUCAAAUGAAUAUAACAACUUUAGUUAAUUUUCCCAGUAACUAUUUUGCUAUGUGUAUGUGAGGCAGUGGGUUCCUAAUUGCUGAAAGACAACAAUUUUUGCAACCCAAGUAAUACAGUUUUCUACUGCUUUCAUUAAUUGUAGAUUUUAAAAUUGUCAUCUAUUUUAAUACAGGUUUACAUGAAGCAACUGCAGGAGAAACUGCAGUUUUCUCCAUCAGAAGCUUCUUACCAAGCAUUAGCUUGUGGAUGUAGAAAUCAGAAUCAAGGACUUACUUUACUAGAUGACAUGAAGGUUUGAAAUAUGAUUAUACUCUGAUAAAUUAUAUGAUAUUUUAAGAGGUCUGUUAACUAUUACUUAGUAUGCAUGAGCAUGGAUACAAUCUUUACAUUUGCAUGCAAGUAAUAAGCAUAAGAAUGAGCUACUCAAAUCAAAAACCAUUUUUAAAUGUUCACAAUUGAAAUAAAUGCAUUAUUAACAUCAAAUGCAGUAACAAGGGGUGGUCUGUAAUCUCCUUUGUAGCCAUGUUUUAGUCUUGUCAUCUAACACUCUCUACCCAACCAAUGGCCAUUUGAGAGGGGAGUGGGGGGGCGGGGGGGGGGCGAGAACAGUGCAUUGAUGACCAGACCAAACAACAAUGGGGAAGGAUCUUUCAGCCACAAUACACAUAAAUACUGCUCAUUGUUUUCUUUUACUUCUGACUUACCAUGUAGGCUGAGGGAAUCACAGCUGGACAGUCAGUAUAUGGAACACUUAUUGCAGGAGCAGCUAAAUUACGGCAUUUUUCUUACUUGGUCAAGUUAGUCAAGGUUUGUAUCAGAAAUCUAUUUUCAAUAAGAAAACCAUUGUCAGCUGUAUUUUACAUAACCCAAAUGGAUUUGUUUUGGUCUAGUAAGGGGGGCACUGAAAAUGGUUUGGGAUCCAAAAACACUUUUAGGUAUGAGAAAUAGCAGAACAGGCCAUUUUGGUUUCUCUUCAUGCUUAUUUUCAAUCAUUUGGUAAUCCUAAUCUGUGUCUUUCCCUCUGUUCCUGUUUGUCUGACUGUCCAUUGGUUUGCCUGUAUUCUUUGCUUUCUGUCACAUGUCUUUAUUCAUGACUGUCUUUGUGGUGUGUGCAUGUACCUUAGUUCUUUGGAGUAUCUUUUUGGCUGUAUUCUUGAGGAUGAAGGGAAGGGGCAGAAAUUAUCAUAGAGACGCAAAGCAGUCAAGGAAAUUUUUAAGAUAUUAACCUUGUAGGGCCUUGUACAUAAUUGUUGUUAGAAUGCUGGAGCUGAGAUGACUGCACCAUAAUACAGAAGACAAGGAUCCUGUUUACUUUCGGUUUGGGAAGAUGAUCUUUUCUUCCCAUGGAACGGAUCUCUUUUGUAGUUUUCUAUCUGUGUGUAUAUCUGCUGGCAGUAUGUUAUGUAUCUCUGAGCUGUCUGUCUGUCAACUGGUUCAUUUUUUUAACUGUUAUGGUACAUUCACCAGAGAAUGACAAAGGAUGAUGUGCAGCCCAAUGCUAGGAUGAUAAAUGUCUUGGAGAGGAUGUACAGCUUAUCCUGUGAGAAACCCGACAUUUCGGUAAGCAGUAGUCAGUUUAAUUUUUCCUCUACUAAAAUUUUUCUAUUUUGCUGCAGAUCAGUGUAAAUUCUCUCCUCAUCACAGCCCUUUAACUCGGAGGAAGGGCCGACGCUUGAAACGUCAGCUUUAAAAACUUUAUCAACCCAUUUGAUAAAAUCAUAUUAUCUUGUAGUAAGUCCCACCAACGCAGCACCACAGUCUCUUUAGAAACUUACAUGUACCUCUUUGUUUGUAUCACUCUGUUGCUCAGUUUUCGAGUGAAGUUUUUGUCUUCAAAACACCAUGACCCACCAUGUGUCUUCGUUUCAUACUUGUUUGGUGGCACAGUGAGAAGUUUGAACUAGUUAAUGGUUUGAAGUGAGUAAAACACCAUAAGACACAACUUAAAGAAAAAAACGUGCUGAAAACGAGAAGGAAAAGUAGAAGAAAAAAUUGUUUGUUGGAUCAGCAUCACAUCAAAGUUUCCUUAGCCCUUUACACCCUAAAACAAGCAUGCAUGCCGUCCAUACCGUUUUCUGUACGUUUCCUUAAGUGCGGACAAGGAUAAUUUGUUUAACAAUAAAGCACGUCCUUAGUUGGUGAUCAUUCUCUCUCUUCUCGUGACCUUAAUUUUUGGUUCAGAGCUGAUAUUGUAAGGGGAAAUUAGAUGCAAGUCAUUCUUAGGGGUCAAAGGGUUAAGAAAAAGAUCAUUUUUAUUCGUUAGGAAUCAAGUUAAGUUAAAUUAGAUAUGUCGGAAUGAGGAUGCAUGUGUUGAGGUACCCGGUUUCAUUGCCACGUUCAUUUUUGCUUUGCUGUUUGCUAUAAUUUCAGAAUGACAUGCCGGAUCGUGUGGUGCAGCUCAAAAGAUUCCGCUUCGUUGAACAGAAGGGUUUUCGCACAUUUUAUGAAAUCUGGAAAUCGAAACGACUUAAAAACAAGAAUGCAGCAACAGAGACUAAAGCAAGUUCCAAUGAUAAAUACUAUGAUAAAGGCAGAGACGACGACAGAAAUAAAGAUGACGCCGUCGACGACAUUACAAGUGACGAUGAUUCUAAAUUUAGCCAUCUUUAGUUACUAUUAAGACACCCCUGGUGGUAUGCCGCUCUGUCAAACCGCUUCAUGUGUAUUGCUGCCAUAAGAAGUCGAUACGAUUCAUUCUUUCGCCGGUAUCACUGAACACCAACUCAAAUCAGUUUAAAUUUGUCCACAGAUGAAGAUGUUCUUGAAAAAUUUCCAUGUCUUGGUGUCAAAGCAAAACCAUACUGCGACCUUUCACGGUGUUGUGUUGUGUAGCUUCAUGUUCCCUUGCUUUGGUUCCUAGCACUUAAUAACACAAUUGAUUUGGAAAUCUUUUGUUUCUUAAAGUGUGAUUGGUUGAUAUCGUCCAAGUAUUUCGGAUUAAUUAUUGGUACGGUCCGCUCUCUAUUGGCGCUUUCUUUUUGAUUUCUUGAGCUGUCCGGAAGUACCGCAUGCCAACCAAACACCAAGUGCAGUUAGACGGAUAUCUGAAGGAUUGAACUAACUAAACUUUUCUAUGGCUCUCUUUAUUGCAUAUUCUGGAAAAGUUCACACAAUUUCAUAAUGUGUACUCUUCACUAUAUGUAAUAAUAUUCAAGGAAAACACAGAUGUGUUGACUAAAACUACUAACUAAAAGCGGAU